AAAAACAAAUAUCAUUUAAGAAGUAGACUUGCAAGAGAGAUGAUGUUUUUUUGGAUUUGCUUACUGGUCCCCCUGGCCUGGGCUAGUCCCGUCCCCGUCUCCGAGCUGGAGGAGGCGGUGGAUGUUUUACUCACUACCAUGGAGGCCCACGAAAAGAAAAUUAAGACUUUACAGGAGGAGAUGUACAACAUUGGAGAUGUCCUGGAGAAACAGGCCUUCCUCCUCAAACACUUGGAAGAGAUCGUGGAGGAUAAGAAAGACCCAGGUUACACCGAUGACGUAGGACAGGAGGAGGUAAGAGAGAACGAGGUGGAGGAGCAGGUGCUCUCAGAUGAACUGAAAAAAAUCCGAGACCUAAAGGACGAGGCCAAUCUCAACAGCGAAAAAGAAUACGUGGACUUUCCGAGUCCGGCGGAAGUCGUGGAAGAAGAGAUGCUGAGUUCUUCUGACUCUGAGGAGACGGAGGAGGAAGAAAACCCAGAGGAAGAGUAAACAACGAUGGGUCAAGGACAUUGAUAAACAACGACGUGUCAAGAACAUUUAGUAUAUGUAACUACGUGUCAAAGACAUUAGAACUAAAUGGAUUUAAUAGUUAUAGUUAGUGCAUCAUUCAUUGUAUGCAAAGGCAUGAAUUUAUUGCCUUUACCGGUUUUCUAAGAAUUGUCAGGAUUUUUUUCAAUUACAAUACUGUGGUUGUUU